CACUGGGUAGGACGAAAACCGAAAAUAGAUUUUCCACAUAGGAUAACCGGAUUUGAAUGAACAUCAGUGCAUCUCAGUGCCUGUUGUUGUUAGCAUCUCGUCGGUCAUUCCAUUUCAUUUCAUCAAUAUUUGUUCUAAAUCAGUGAUAAAUAUUUUUCCAAGUUUUUUUUUCAUUUCAUUGCAGUUCUAAUUCAUAAACUCGAUUAAUCCCUCAAACUUGGAUUCCAUCAACUUUCACCAGAUACAAUAAUACUGGCGAGCUGAAGAAUGCUGAUGAUGCGUUUGUGUAUGUGCCUGUGUGUGUUGGUGGUGUUGUCGGAGGCGGCUGGACCCAGUAGGAGGUAUAGACGGAGACAGUCAGUGGUCGGAGGUCAACAACCAUACGACCGCAGAGCUUCGGUCCGAAGAUCGGCCCCCGCUAGCUCGCUAGAAGAGGCU